UGAUCCUGGUGUUCAUUGAAUACAUCAAUGAAGCUGCUGCUGCAAACUGGAAGUUGUUCUCAAAACACCAGUACUUCGAUUCAAGAGGAAUGUUUAUUUCCUUAAUAUUUUCAGUGCCCUUGCUGCUAAACGGUAUCAUAAUUGUGAUUGCAUGGGUUUAUAAAUCACUGAAUGUAAUGACUGAACUAAAGACCUUGCAGCAGAAAAGGAAAGCAAGAAAAGAAAAUAAGAAAAGUAAAUGA